CAGGGUUGACACGUCUUUUUGAAAUUUUAACUUUACAACCUGCUCUAUGUUUUUUUUUUCAAAAUACAUAGUAAUGCUACAUUUCCAAAGCAAUAUUUUGUUCUUCAUUCAGGGAAGUACCUUUAAAAUCUUCUUGCGUUUCUUACAAAUGGUUGAGAAUUCACAUUAAAAUUUCUCAAAUCAAGUGUGACAACUCUAAUUGUUCUACCUUUCUAACUUAUAUCUUACCAAGCUAAAACCUUUAUUCUAAGAACAUCUACCCUAAAGCCCUCAAGAAAUGUUUUUUAAUGUUCACAAUAUAUAUUUUUAUAUCAUGACUUUUAAUAUGCAUUUUAGAUAAAAAAAAAUACUUUAAGAAAAAUAUGAAUGAUGUUAUAGUUGAUUGGUCAAAUACAAAAGAAGCCCUGGAAAAGCUGGUGUCACUUUUUAAAUGUGUAUCGUGCAAAUCCAUCUUGAAAGAACCAUGUUCAUUUGAUAUAUGUAAUCAUUACUUCUGCAAGGAAUGUGCAUUACAGCUUGUUAAUAAUGCUUUGAAAUGUCCCCAGUGCGAUGCAGUGCUGUGGAAAGAACACAUGCAGAUCAGUUUAAAAAUCCCAGAAGUGCUUAGCAUUUGUAACAAGCUGAAGGGUUUAAUCAACUGCAAUGACAGUGGCACUGAGGUGGUUGAAGCAGAAAAGAAGGAUGCAGAAGGAGAAGAAAAAGAAGAAGAAGAAAAAAAAGGACAAUUUAAAGAAGAGGCAGAGCAGGAGGAAAGUGAAGGACAAAAUACAGAAUAUGCUCAAGGUGGUGAGACUUAUCAAUUUCAACCAAUGGAAGAAGCUUCAUCAAAAUCUUCAGAUGAAAUGGAAUUAAAACACAAUGAUGAAGACAAGGAGCGGCCCGUAAAACCAGAUCAACAAUCAGAUCUAGAAUUGGAUGAUGAAGAAGAAAAUGAUAAAGAAGAAAUGGUGGAAACAUGUUUCAUUGAUGAAGACAAAGUUCCCAGCAAGAAAUCUUUAAAUGAAAAACACACAGCUGAUAUCCAUGCACCCCUAUUGUUUUCACGUAACAUUGAGGGGGGAGAAAUGGAAACAGAAAUACAAGAGAAUUUUAUUAGUCCGCCAAAAUCACAAUUCUCUAAUGCUCUCACUGAAAAUGAAGUAAAAAAGGGUAUUCAACAGAAUCCAAGAAGAAUGUUAAAGAAACCAAAAUUCACGUAUGGUAGAAAACAUUCAAUUAACACUGAUCGUAAAGACAUUCCAAACAAAAAAGAAAUAUUGACAUUAAUAGAACCUUCUGUAUCAGAUGCACCAGCAGCUCCUGAUGGAGAGUUUUCUGUGUUUGAUUUUUCAAGUGGACAGUGCCUAAAGAAAGAACAAUCGGAGAAAAAUACAAAUUUGAAAGCUACAAAUCAUGGAAGAAGGAGAAAAAAAGUCAAACUGAACCUUCCUGAACAGCGACGAAACUCAAAAGCUAGUGGUUCUUUACAGCAUCCUGAGACGGAAACAGACAAGAAAAUUGAAAAGCCCAAUAAUCUUGGAAAGAAAAAGCAAGUAAAGAAUUUGGAAAAACGAAACACUAAAGGUGAAACGCCUUUACAUGCAGCAUGUAUAAAGGGAAAGUAUGAAAAAGCUAAGGAACUGCUUCAACUGGGAGCUGAACCGAACACAAAAGAUAAUGCUGGAUGGACACCCCUUCAUGAAGCUUGCAACCAUGGUCGAGAAGAAAUUGUUGAACUGCUACUAGAUCAUGGUGCUAUCAUAGACAUAGUGGCAGGGGAGGAUAACGACACACCACUUCACGAUGCUACAUCAAAUAAACAUGUGAAUGUUGUCAAAUUAUUACUUCAGAGGGGUGCACCAGUCAAUAUUAGAAACCGCGCGGGUUUACUACCGAUUGAUUACGCUACAUCAAGUGAGAUGAAAAACUUAUUUAAAGAGAUUGAUAUGCUACAGCUGGAAACAAGUGCAUGUGACGUCACAAUUUAUGACGAGGCCUCGAGUAAUAAACCAAAAAUAUUUCUUACAACCAAUCUUAGUAAUGUUGAAAAGCAACAAGUAAAGAAAUGGUGUCAAGAUAUUGGUGGUACAGAAGUGUCUGAAUUUGAUGAGACAGUUAGUCACGUGAUAUGUGGUGUUAAUGAGCAUGGCUUGCCGAAGGCGCGGACACUGAAGUACUUGUUCGGCUUGUUAACAGGAAAAUGGCUUGUCUCCUUUGAAUGGGCACAAGCAUGUAUGUCUACAAAAGAAUGGAUUUCUGAGAUCGAAUAUGAACUAAAAGGUACCUCAGAUACGUCUUCGGAUGCUCCUCGAAAGUCGCGCAUAAAUGCUUACAAGAAACAACCAAAAUUGUUUGACGGUUGUUCGUUUUAUUUCUCUGGUUUGUUUGACAACUCUCUACCGAAAGAAUCCCUUGUACAAUUAACGAAAAUUGGUGGCGGGAAAAUUCUUAUGAGGGAACCGAAAACAAGCGACAUUGACCCGUUAAUAACUCCGCUCUCGCCCGCUGUUAGUAAGCUCAAUCUUCUACCAAAACAUUAUAAACCUAAGGUUAUAUACCACGCGAUGGAGACAUCUGCGCAAACUUGCUGUGCAGAGUACAUAAUAUACGAUCCGAAGAAAUCUCCAACUCACAAGAAAGUCAGUAGUCCGGUACUAUGUACGGCACCUGUAUCGUGGUUGCUGGAUUGCAUCUCUUCAUUUCAAAUAGUUGAUGUGAGAGAUGAACAUGAUACAAAGGUGGGACUGAAGUCUAGUCAAGUGUAGUGUUUUAUUAUUAUUUUUUCAUUGUAAUAAAUUGGAUUUGGGUAACAAAA